AACCUACUAUCGAGCGCAAAUUGAGAGGCGGCGCUUUGCAGCCACAACGAGAUGUAGAGAUCCAAUAGAGAUUCAAGCAAAAACCACCUCGGCAUGUACAAUGGGAAUGCACACUUAUCAGUUGUGGGCAUACUGGUCUUUUCUAAAGGAAUACCCUUGGAUGGAAAGUUCUGCUUGGAGUUGAGCAGAAUAGUAAGCCAACUUUUGAUGUGUAAGGUAAGUUAUUGAAGAGCUGAGACGCUGAAAUUGAGGAUUCCUCUUAAUGAUGUUUUUCUAAAUGGACAUUAACCUCAGUUCUCCAUCUUUUGGAACGCUUUGCCUUUACGCGUAAAAGCACGCAGCAUGAGGGACCCGUGCCCAAACUUCAAAGAACUUCACUUUACGAUCUUGUGAUCGCUGUCAAGAGAGAGUUUUCCCACACCGAUGAAUCUCCAUGUGGAUAAAGUGCUUCUGGCCGUUAUAUGUGCACUCUAAUGACAGAGAGCCUGCUCGCGGGUGCAGGAUGAAGGUGUGUAACCGUGGAGCGCAGAUGCUAUUCACCACGGCGGGGGCUUUCGCGGCCUUCAGCCUGAUGACCAUCGCUGUGGGCACGGACUACUGGUUAUACUCGCGUGGGGUCUGCCGGACCAAGAGUGCCAAUGACAAUGACACCAACCGAAAGAACGAAGAGGUGCUCACGCAUUCGGGGCUCUGGCGACAAUGCUGCAUGGAAGGCAUAUUUAAAGGGGUUUGUAAGAACAUUGAUCAUUUCCCAGAGGAUGCAGAUUAUGAACAAGAUGCUGCAGAAUUUCUACUGCGUGCUGUGCGUGCAUCUAGUCUUUUCCCUAUAUUGAGUGUGGGACUGCUGUUCAUUGGUGGAGUUUGUGUAGCCGCCAGUGAGUUCUACAAGAGCCGACAUAACGUCAUCUUGAGUGCAGGCAUCUUUUUUGUCUCAGCUGGUCUCAGUAACAUCAUUGGCAUUAUCGUGUACAUCUCGUCCAACGCUGGCGACCCCAACCAGAGCGAGUCCAAGCGCAGUCACUGGUACGGCUGGAGCUUCUACUGCGGCGCUCUGUCCUUCAUCAUAGCAGAGACUGUGGGUGUACUGACGGUUCACCUCUUCAUCGACACGCAUCGUGUGUUAAGGGCGCAAUCCCAUGGCUCGCUCCGACCCAGCACACAUUCAUCCCUGCAAUAUCGCCGUUCUACCAGCUAUCGCUCCCGUUACCGCUGGAAACAGGGUCAAAAUCGCUCGUCCGACACCCGAUCGCGCGAGCCCUCUCCUGCCUGUCAUGGGAACGACCUUGGACUGUACGCACUGGGGCGCGGGCUUCCACCAACUGCAACUCACGCGCUAGCGCACAACUCGGUCAACACGACCCAUGGCUUUGCGCAUUUCCAUAACUCUGCCAUCGCUAAUAACAGCUUUGCGAAUCCUCACGUUUUCUCCAUGCAAAACCCUGUGAAAUCCGAAAGAGGGCUUCCACACGUACAGAACUCUUUGCGCUCAGAGACAGGGGUUGCUUUUGCAAAUGCGCACGGGGAAAAUUCAGUCAAGCCAGAAAAUAGAGUUGUGCUGUCACAUAACUAUACGCUGAAGUCAGUAAAUCCUAGUAAAAGUCCAGUGCAUGCACGGAAUUCUGUGAAUGACAUUGCGCACAAAAGCAGCACUGCAACAAGGAGAACUACUCCAGUGUGAAAAACAACACAAAACGGUCUCUUAAGUUCUCUGCUGCCAUAUGAAUAUGGAAUUAAAUACGCUAUAUGAAAGGUGUCACAAGCAACUGUGCGAAGAUUAGCUGUUUCAUUCACUGAGUAUGUGCAUAUGUGCUUUUAGCUUUAUGUAAUAAAUGAAGUGGACUGACUCUAAAAAUGGUGCUGCUUUCUGUGCCCUCUCUUAGUAUAAAUAAAAGUGGAUACGCUGUCUUGUACUUGGCACUGUUAAGAUGCAAUAUACAUAAUGGCCACAUGAGGCCAGCAAAGUACAAUUGUCAUUGAUUCUGAUCACAGACUCUCAGAAACUGCCAUUUUUCAGCACGUCCUCUCCAAUUUACUCUUAAAAACAUUAUGUGAUGCUCAUGUCAAAUUUCAUGUUUAACAG